AACGCCUUCCUCUCACCAUCACAUCUUCUUCACCAACUAUUGCCAUGACUACUUUGAUUCUACCUCGUCCUUUCAGACUCAAUGCGAGAGCAAGGAUGGCCGAUGCGAAACCACUGGCAGCUCCAGCUCUUGAUGAUUUACCACCCGUGCUCCAUGGCCGCAAAAGAGGCCCUCGUCCUCCCAUUCUCUCUUAUGGCUUUCCUGUUGACGAACAAAAACUGAAAGACAUGUGUGCUGAGCUCUUUGACUAUUCCCCUACGUCCUAUGGCGAUGCCGAGAUGUAUGUCCCGGACGCUGCGAUAUGGAUGACACUCGACCACAUGGCCAACACAUUCAAUCACAAGAUUACUUUUGAUCUCAUAUUAUUUGAGGAGAGAUGUCAACUGAUGAUCGCUAUCACCAACAACUAUCGCAUGCACCGUAAACGUGAAGAGAUAGCACGGAAGGUGGCCGAAUUUCUACAGCUCCCAGCGGACGAGAAGCCGCGGUGGUUCUUGAGUGAAGAGCGAUGGUGGUGGGAAGGCUGCUAGUAUCUAGGACCUAUUGGACUGUUUGCUUGUAUUUCUUUCUUUGUCGUAGUUAUUUUUCCACCUACCAGGCAACUAGCCUGGUGCCGUCUUCUUUAGUAUCCAGUUUACAUUUGAUACCCACUGGU